CAUUUUGACAAUAAAUUGACAUUAUUAUUAAUUAUUAUUAUUACCUAACUAUUAGUUCCUAUAUUCUUUAAUCUUUAUACUUUUAACUAAAACAUGGAUAAAAGUAUUUCUGAAAAAGACGUGUCAAAGUCAAAAAACAAACCUUUUAUACCCGAUGAAUUGUCACUGCUUUCUGAGCUAGUGUAUAAGCAUAGAUUUAUACUUGAAAAAGUUGGUAAACAAUAUUCAACAGUAGCUGACAAAAGAAAUACUUGGGAAUCAUUGGCUAAUGAAUUCAAUAGCGCAGGAUUAAAUGUUACUCGUUCUUCUGACCAGCUUAAGAAAAAAUGGGACAAUAUCAAACAAAGUAGAAAGACAGAAAUAAGAGACACAAAAAGGCAUCAAUAUACAACUGGUGGAGGCCCAUCUUGUCAGCCAAUUAUUAAUGACUGUCCAGCCGACCAGUUUUUAAAUGAAAUAACUGAUAUUGAAUUAAUUGACACACCGGAUAGUGAUUACAUACCAUUACACUGCAGUGUACCUACAACAAUAGAAAACAAAAUAGUUUCAGAUCAACCAGUUUAUUUUAUAACUACCACUUCAACAUCUAAUAACAUUUCACCUACAUUACCAAAAGAAUGUUCAACAGGAAAAAAGGAUAGUGACAAGAUGAAAAAAAAUGAGGACUUUGAACAGAAACGUUUGGAAAGUUUCAACCAUGAAGCUAAAUUAAGGAUUAAAAGACAAAUUAAUUUAAUUGAACAAGAUAAAACAAUUCAUGCUUUAGAGGUAAAUGUUUAUGAAAAAAAACUUGAAUUACUUGACAUAAAAAUAAAAAAUAAAAAAAUGAAGCUUAAUGAAAAUAAAUAAAUGUACCUAUACAUGAUUUCCCACGAUUUACUGUGAUAAUUAAUAAUAAUAAAAAUUAAAAAAACUGAUUAUAUUUAUAAAAAUAUGUCAUGUUAGUUACUUAAAAAUACUUUUAUAAUAGAAGUCAUAUUAUUAUAUUACUUUUAAAAUGUUUAAGUUUAUAUUGUUUAAUAGAAAAGACAGGUAGUCGUGUUUAUAUAUUAAUUAUUCUUUU